GCCGCGAGCGCGCAGACAGGCCGAUGAUGGAGUGAUACAGUGGAAUGAUACAAUGUUGAUGGAGUGAUACAAUGUUGCACGAAUGGUGGGAGUUGACAUCGCGCACCGCUUCUGUCUAUAUCCGGGAAUGAAUCCGCGCGUCGCGUUGCACAGCUCGCACAUUGUACAGUGAAACAGCAGGACGCGUUUCUUCACGGAGACGCGCGGAAUGGCGCGUUUGUCUUCGUCUUGGUGAUAUUUGUGUCAGCACACAGCCUGAGGAUGAGCACUCCUGACAAAUACAUGGAUUGUCAUACAGUAUAUCUAAGAGCAUGACUCUCAAUCAGUCAGUAUAUUUAUAUGCAUAUGUUUGAUUUUUUUUAAACCUCUGCUAUUGAUAGGAAUUAAACUCUUUUUUUAAUGUAAAUUUUCUAUGAAAUGACAGCAGUAUCACAAUUAAAGUUAAAAACUACUAGUUGAGUGAACAUGAGGGAGGUGUGUCGCAUCUGUGCCCGCGAGCUGUGUGGUAACCAGAGGAGAUGGAUCUUUCAUCCAGCUGGCAAACUGAAGCUGCAGGUGCUCUUGUCCCAAGCUCUGGGCUGCGACUUGCAGAGAGAUGGCCGCUGCGAAUUCAUCUGCAGCAAGUGUGCUUUUAUGCUGGAGCGCAUGUACCGCUUUGACACAGUCAUCGCCCGUGUGGAAGCCCUGUCCAUCGAGCGCCUCCACAGACUCCUGCAGGAGAAAGAGCACCUGCGCCAGUGCAUUGGCCUGCUUUAUCGCAAAAACAAUAUACGUGGGACGUCCACGGCGGACACAUCUGACAUCCGUGAUGCAAAGUAUCUCACGCUUCUGCAGGAUGACAUGGUGUACUCCAUGUACGAGUCCUGGGCGGACGAUGAGAACCAGACGCUGGAGUGUAUCCACUAUACUCAGUCCUCAACUUGCCGCCGUUCACGAAGUUGCAGAGGUUGCAGAACGUUACGCGUUGCCGACUCGGACUACGAGGCCGUGUGUAAGGUGCCCAGGAAGGUGGCGAGGAGCAUGUCCUGUGGCCCAUCCACACGUUACUCUGCGAGCGACACGGGAAGUGCAUGCGGUGAGGAUCGGACUGUGACUUCGAGAUCUUCGGAUGGAGAUCAGACGCUCCGAGACUCGGUGGAAUCUCUGGAUAAGACCUUGGAUGCUUCACCCACCACCACACUUCCCCAGGAAUACGGAGAAAUGGACGGAAGGAGCAAAGACAACCAAAGCUCAAGCUUUGUUUCAGAGGAUCACAUUGGGGUUGUCGGACGUCCAUCAGAGCUCGAGCUGGUGUCACUACUUCAGAAAUGUGCGUACAGACCAAUUCAGAGCCCUCGUGGCAGUAAACUUCCUGUUUUGAUAAAGACUGGGUUUUUCAGUGGACGAAUUAAGCUGGACAGUACACAACUGUUUCAUGAUGGGACAGAAGAGACGGAUCUUCCACAUAUUCAGCUGGAUCCAGGGGUGAAUCUGACUCAGCUUGAGGAGCUGUGGGGAGAUUUACAAGAUGAGUACAUGCCCUUCUCCGUCCAGAAAGUUCCAAAGAGUCUGAUGGAGGAGCAGCAGUCGCAGCUGAAUCAGUACGAAUGCGCAGCUGGACAGUGUGUCAGUGAACUGCAGAAAGCGCAGCUCCAGGUUCAGUCGCUGCAGCAGAAGAUCCAUGAAAGCGAAGCCGGCAACAAGAAACUGCAAGAGAAACUGUGUGAGAUGGAAACAGAGCUUCAGUCCAUCAGGCAGGCGGCACAAGACCAAGAGAGAACCAUCCAGAACCUGACAGACAGUUUGAGCACUAAAGACUAUGAGACUCAGGAGUUGCAUCAUGUGAUUGAAGUUCAGAACCAAACAAUGCAGCACAUGCAGACUCCAGUGGACUCGGUGGACUCAGUUAUGGGGUUGCAGAGCUCUCUGUUCUUGUGUCAGCUGCAGUUAGAGGCGAGCCAGCGAGAUCACAGACUCGAUCAGAGACGCAUGGAGGAUCUGAUGCGCUCUCGAGACCGACUGCAGGCUGACCUGCGAGACGCUCUUCAGCACAGAGAAACCACUGAGCAACACAAUCAGGAUCUGCGUAAGACGCUCGCGUGGUUGCGGUCUGAGCUGGAGGAAAAAACAAGUGAGCUGAGAAAUCACGAGAUGAACACUCGAUCAGAGAUCACAAACAGAGACAAAGUCAUCUCAGGACUCCAGCAGCGCUUGCAUCACAAACAUGCGCUGCUGCAGGAGUAUUCAGAGCUGUUGGAUCGCUCACACGAAUCGACCGCAGCACCAAAGAGAGACGCAUUACUGGACGCGCUGAGGAGUCGCAUUAAAGACAGAGACAGCGCGCUAGAGAAUUCAAUCGAUGAGAAGUUUCGCUGUCUGGAAGAGAAAGACUGUGAGGUGCGUCGACUGCAACUGGCCCUCCGUGAAAAAGACCGAGAUCUGGAGAGACUGAACAACAUCCUGAACAAUAACAACGACACGAUCACGAGUUUGGACGGUCUGGUGCGCAGUAAAGAGCUGGAUCUGGAGAGAACGCAGGAAUCCUGCCAAAAACUCAAGAGUUUGAAACAACAGAGCGAUGAGAAACAUGCACACGCAAUACGAGAGCGAGACAGCAUCAUACAUCAGCUACAGACGGCUUUACACACACACAGCAAACAGACCGAGGAACUGAGGUCAGCGUUGUUAAAGAAGGCCUUGCCCGGCCCUGCUGACAUCCUACACGACCUGCAAUCUCAUCUGUCUGUGAAAGAGCGUCUGUUUCAGGAAGUGAUGUCAGAACGCAGCAGACAGGUACAGGAACACCACAGACAGAUCACAGAGCUGCUAGACAUCAUCAGCAGAAGAGAUCAAGACACGCAGGAUUAUGGGAUGCGGUUGGGACAGGUGAUAUCGGAGCGUUCGGAUCAGGUGCAGGAAUUGCGCCGGCAGCUUUUGUCACGUGAACAGGAGCUGAAUGAAGCGAACCGAGAGCGUGAAAGAGAUGCAGCUGUUCCUGCGACGAGAGAGAUACAGACCCUAAAGAGUCUUCUUAAAGAGAAAGAAAACUUCAUACAGGAGCUUUUGCAGGUUCAAAGUGAGGUGAUAAUAAGCUCAACACCAGCAGAUACAGCACAGGCAGUUUGUACGAGUGCCAGAGAUGAUCCUGAAAUACAAACCAUUAAAGAAGAAUUACAGCUGACUCUAAAGAAAUACAAACAGACUGAGGUGGAAGUGUUAGAGUUGCGCUCUGCGCUGGCGGCUGCACAUGAUGGCACCUUGACUUCAGAUUAUCAGUGUUUCCUACAGCAACUCAUGUCUGAACAGAAGAUCCUGAAUGAAUCUUUAAGGUCCGAGACGACUCUUUAUCAGAACCUCAGACGCAUUCAGUGUGAGGGAGACAGCGAUGAUCUGCAUGAGGAACUGAAGUCACUUCAGGCACUUCGAGGGCAACUGGAAGAAGUUCUGGCGAGGACCCGAGCGACGGCUCUGGCUAUAGACCGGGCCGCUAGUCUGACACAGACGGAUUAUGGAGAAUCCAGCAGUGAUGAAGAUGAAGAUGAGGAAGAGCAUGAGAGCAGCAGUGAGGCAUUCACAGACAGCAUCGAGGAUGAGGAUGAGGAUGAUGUCGGACUCACAGCUCAGAGUUUGAGCGAUCCAACGAAUGCCGGGAUGUUUAGUGGACCAAUGAAUGUAGGGUUGUUGUCCCAAAAUACAAAAGAAGGGGGACAAUGUGAAGAUGUAGAGGCGGCAGAUGUGAUGAAUCGGGCCGAAUGCUCUUCACACACUAACUGCAGAAACACUCAACCCAGUCUGCAUGAAAGAAGAGCUGCGCCAAAUCAAAGUGAAACUGGAUUACAACUGAGAUGUGAAUUAAAAUCUGGGUCAGAAUUAAGAGCAGUGGAUGAAGUAUCUGUCAAGUGUCACAAUGAAACAGAUCGGAUGAACUCCCAUGAGCUUCAGAGAGGCUACCAGGAGGAGGAGGAGGAAGAUGAGGAAGAUGAUGAUGAAGGCCAAGAUGAUCAGAUUCCUCUGGGCAAGCGCAGACCUCCGUGGAUAAAGCUGAAGGAGGGGAGGUGGAAGAGGAGGUGCACCAGACCACAUUCUCUGGACCUCGGAGCGCUGCUGUCACACAAACCUACAGAUCAUUGCAAAGCUCAGGAUGAGGUCGAGGGGGACUGCAAGGAUUCAGGUGCUGGAGGUGGAGCCAAUGGGUUCUGGCAGCACGUGGAGGCGGGGCUUCGGGAGCAGGCUGAACAUCUUCGUAGUGACCUCGCCGUGAGUCGUCAGGAGAGUCGUGAUCUACAGGAGAGACUGAUGGUGUCUGAGGCGACAGUUCAUGCGCUCAAUGAACAGCUGAAAGACUACAGGGAACUCCUGACGGAAAGUGCCGUUCAGAGGGACAGUAAACAGGUUCAGGUGGAUCUUCAAGAUUUGGGUUAUGAGACGAGUGGUCGAAGUGAGAAUGAAGCUGAGAGAGAAAACACCAGCAGCCCAGAACUGGACGAGUCUGAGAUGUGCAUCUCACUCUCGGGUGUGGGGAGCAGACGGCGUGGUUGGCAUGCUACUUCGAUGGAUGAUGACCCUGCUUUUCUGAAGUGUGUGGUGCAGGACCUGCGUGCACAGCUCUCUCGCUGCCACAAAGUCAUCCGCAGCCUUCAACUGCGCGUGCGCUCGCUCUCGUCGACCUCAGACUAUGCAUCAAGUCUGGAGCGCACGCCACGUAAGGUGAACUGGGAGUUUCAGGCCUCAACUGUUGUCAGUGCUGUAGAUGAAGAUGAAGGAUGGCAGUCUGACGGGCCGAUGAAGCCCAGUAAAGAGCUUCAGGAGCUGGUGAGUCGUGUGGCCCUGCUGGAGACCCAAAUGAAAAGCUCGAAACUGGACGGGGAGAGUCGAUCGGAAGAGGGCAAAUGUGCCACUUGGCCCGGGAAGUACAACACACUGAUCCAGGCUCAAGCGAGGGAACUGUCACAUCUGCGUCAGAGGAUGAGAGAGGGGCGGGGCAUCUGUCACAUCCUCACGCAACACCUGAGCGACACCACCAAAGGCUUUGAAGAGCUGCUGCGUGCCAAUGACAUCGAUUAUUACAUGGGUCAAAGCUUUAGAGAGCAGCUUUCACAGAGUUCCUCUCUCGCUCAGAGAGUCAGCAGCAAGAUCAGCGGACGUGAUCUUUCUGAGCAGCAAGAGGAGAAAGCACGUCGACAUGAGCUUCUAGCAUUGAGCAGGUUGAGUAAGGAGCUUCAACAGAAAGACCAAAUCAUCGAGUCUCUCCACACCAAGCUUCGACGACGACCUGACACACCCUGCAGCAGCCACGCCCCCUCUGAGACUACAGACCAAUCAGAUCACGCUUCGUAUGUGUCUGAUGAAAGAGUCUCCACCAAUGAGGAUCUGGAUCUGUGUUCAGACAUGGAUGUGACCAGUGAGUUUGUACAGGAAGAGGUGGAGCCAAGACAAAAAGAUACAGGUUUAUUUUUCGGACCCAUGUCCAGUUCCCAACCCCUGACCCCAAACCAGUACUGGUCUGCUAACCUGACCUCUGACCCCAUCUCCUGUCUUGCUCUAGGGGGCAGGACUCUGAAUGGUCACAGGCCACCAAUGAGAACUUUCAGCGCCCCUCAUUCACUCUACAGCUAUCAGCACCCAGCGCACAGCCCUCAUUCCUUCAGUUAUACACCACCAGUACCCCAUCAUGCACUGGGACAUAGUGGUGGCCCAUCUCUACAGACACACACAAACUUGAUGGACAGCAGUGCAUUGUGGGGCUUGGGAAAUAUACAAGGCUUUGAUGGAUCAUAUUAUUUACAGCCUGGGAACAGCCAAUCAGGUGUGGAUGUGAUUGAGGAACAUCUGCGAGAGAUUCGUUCUCUUCGUCAGCGUCUGGAAGACUCCAUCAGAACCAAUGAGAGACUGAGACAACAGUUAGAGGGACGUCUGUCCACUGUUGCACGAGAGACAGUGAGCAGUGAAGAGGUGGAGCAACUUCGUGAGACUGUGCUGUCUGGCCGUGCCCGUCUCAAGCAGGCGGAGUUAGAGGCGGAGCAAUGGAAGGAGGAGUUAAGGAGGCUGCAGACGCACAACUGUGAUCAAAGUCAGCAAAUACAACAGCUGCGACAGGAGCGACAAAACACUCAGGAGCAAAGCAAUAGGCUGCAGCAUGAGGUGAGUUUACUUCAACAGCAGCUCUCAGAGAGCAGACAGCUCUUACGAUCUCUACAAUGUGAACUCCAGCUGUAUGAACGCGUGUGUGGAGGAAGAAAGAGCGCCCCCGCAGGGUGCGUGUGUGAGGUGCAGUACCCAUCAGUGGAAUUGCGGGAGUUGUUAGUGGAGAUUCGGGCUCUAAGGGUCCAGCUGGAGCACAGCGUACAGGAGAACAGCGCUCUCCGCUCUCAGCUACAGAAACAGUUGGAUCAGUCCAUCGAACAGCGUCCGUCUCCCAUCAUUCCUGCCAGCCCGCUGAGAGAUGCACUUUACCGCAGACAGUUACUGCACGACCCGUCUCCUUCUCCUCCAGUCAGAGAUGUUGGUCCGUUUCCAGCUGGACCUCUGUAUUCACCAUACUCAGAGCUGGAGGAGAACACACUUAACACUAACGAUUCACUGGAACCUCACAGCGAUCUGGAAGGAGAAGCUCCGGACGGCUCGUUCGCAAACCGUAACGGGCGUCACGCGAUCGGGCACGUGGAUGAUUACAGCGCGCUGCGGCAGCAGGUGUUGGAGGGAAGCGGUCUGACACGGCGGAUGGAGGCAGCGCUACAGUCCUGUCUUAACAGUGCACUGCUGGAGAUCAACACUGGGAAGGCACUGGAAUACAACACAGUGAAGACGCUGCUCUCAGACACCAAGACUUUACGUCAGAUUCUGGACGAGGCCACAUCUUUACUCAAGAUGUUCUGGCGGGCGGCGCUACCAAGCGGUGACGGCCCCGCCCAUCUCAUCCAGAAGGAACAGACCAUGCGCAGCGAGAUCCAGUCAUUACAUCUGAGGAUCGCUGAACAGGAGGAAGUUCUGCAGGGAACCGUCCAGCGUUUGCGGAGUACCAAUCGCACUAAAGAAAGCAUGGAGACAUUUAUUGUUAACCAGUUGUCCAGGACUCGAGAUGUGUUGAAAAAAGCCAGAGCCAACCUUGAGAAGAAUGAGCUCAGGAUCUCCUCUCUAAGCUCCUCCUCUUCCUCUCAUUGCCAUGGAAAAAUCCUCACAGGACCUUCUGAUCGGGGUCAUGUGACCCACUCUCGUUCUGCGAUCACCAUGACAACAGCCAAUCACCGCCGCCUGUGAGAAGUGCAGCAAGGAUGCUGUUUCACGGUAAACCAGCAGCCUCACCUCCUUCAUCGUGACUUCUCUGUCCCUGAUCUCACAGACUGCCGCUAAAUUCCCUCCAGUAUCUGAGGGGAUUCAUGCAAAAACAAAAGGACAGGCACAGUUAAAGCAAAAGCUUUCGAGUUCUGUCUCUGAUAAAUGACGUUCUGCUUUCGCACGCUUGUUAUAAGGAUUAGUGUAGUUGGCAUCAUUCAAUGCUAUUGACUGAAAUGGUAUGUGUAGUAUUUGCAUGUCAUCAUAAAAGUUAUAAAACUAAACUAGCGCCAAAUUUCGUGAGGUGAGCUUCACCGGAACGUGCCAAGUUUUGGGAUUUAGUUUUUUUACAUUUUGCCUUAACAGUGACAAUGCUCAAGGUGUCAAUGUAAUGAUAAACACUAACAUCAUAUUAACAACUUUGUUAGAUUGCUGAAAAUAACCUUCAGGUGUAUUGGCCAUUGUAUAUGCAUGCCGCCUUAAGUGAAUAACUGGAUUGAAAUCAUUAGAAAUGUAAGUGGCCAUUAAUGAAUGUAAAUGGCAACCCUUAUUCAAAUCUCUGCAUUUCUUAUUAAGAUGACAAACUUUGGCAAGAUGUUGGUCAAACAAAACAGUCUAGCCAAUCAUAGCCAAGAUGUGUUCGAUUCAUGCUGUGUAACGUUACUGCUUACACAGAUAAUGUACAUACGUUAUGCGAUUGUUGUAUUAGUUUCGUGGUUCACAUAUUCAUGCGAUAUAGCAGGUUUUUAAAACAUGGGAAACUGUGCAAUAGCCAUUUGAAACAUUGACUGCUGAUUGUACUGAAUGCAUCAAUCCAAGUAUUAAUUGUAGUAUUUGCCUGAAACAUUAUGGAGUUGCCUUGAAAACCUAAAGCUUGCAAGUGUCAUUCCUAGUGAUUCUGUUUUGCCUUUCACCAGCCAUCUACGCAAGCAAAAACUCUUCAGUGAGAAAUGCAAUAACAAACUUAGGCCUUGUGUCUGUGCCAUAGCAUUCGUAAUUUGCCAAAUGGUUUUAAAAGUAUUAUCUUACUGAAUGGAGAAAGGCCAAAGCUAAAACAGGGGAAAAUACUAUAAAGGUCAUGUCGGUUCUGAAACUAGAAUGUAUAGUAUGUAUAUAAUGCUUAAAUGCUCCGUUGUUGGUAUAGUUAUAUAUGACUGUGUAAUGUAAUAAAAUGUGCCGACACAUGAGACAAAAAAACUCUGUGUCUGAAGCUGAAAUCUGCCUUUUGAAAUUAAAACAUGAAUAAACAACUGAAA